CGGAAGUGACCCCUGCAGCUCCACCAAGUACACAAACUUCGGUUUCACUUUUGCAGCCAUGCCAAUGAGAGAUGUGAUAAUGACACCACGAGUUAACACAGCAAACCCGCUUGUCUGAGUGUAAUCUGCUGGAGGUUUGUCCGUCGAGGCCAGUUUGUCAGAGAGCCAAGCAGGAGAGAAGCUUGGUGAAGGAGGAUGGAUGGAGUCCCUUGCAGCUGGAGCGCCACAAGAGCACAUGAAUCCUUCAGCCGCUCGCGGGCCACGGCGGACACCCUGUCCAGGCUCGCCAAACUGAUGGCCCGGGCCGAACACAGGCAGGACAGCCGCAGCCAGAGGCAGCACUCGUCGUAUGUUUGUGCAGAAUGUGGCAAGAGCUUCCCCGACACGUCAGAGCUGCUGCACCACCAGGAGGUGAAACACGCUUUACCCAAGCCUCACCAAUGCCUCUCCUGUGGGAAGGAGUUCUCCCUUCUGUCUUCCUUGCAGCUGCACAAGUGUGCUCGUGACGUUUCCCCCUGUCAGCUUUGUCACGGAGAGCCGCGGCUCGGCACUCCUUGCCCCGCCUGUAUGACCGGAGCGUCUGAUCCUGAGCGACCCAAGGACAAGUCGCCGCACCGCCAGGCCCACCUCCUGGACAGCAGCCCCUACGCCUGUGCCCCGUGUGGGAGAGGCUUCAGCCAGAAACAGGCUCUGCUGUACCAUCAGCAGGCAGGUUGUAGUGAACCACCUUCCCCACUGACUGUAGACGAUGCCAGUAGCCCUCUAGCUGAUUCUCCACCUGUUUCUGAGGCGGGCUCCUCCCGCUCGGACUCCUCAGACACCCCAGGGCCCAGCAGCAAACGGGACAAACCGUGCCCUUUCUGUUCCAGGAAAUUUCUCACAGUGGCAGGACUCCAAAGCCAUAAACGGAGCACACACGCAGAGCCACAGAAAACCAAAGGAGAAGGUGCCGGUGGAGAUGGAAGGGAGGGAAAGAACACUAAAGUGAACGGAAAUCCAGUUGUCAGGCCUAAAUCCAAACAGAAGCAUUUAAGCUGUCGCUCGUGUGACAUGGUUUUCAGGAGCACUGCCAAGCUCUACUUGCACAGGAAAGAGAAACACAGCAGAGAGAAGAGCACUGGGAGGGAGUCGAGGCCGGUCGUUGCUAAACGCAGGAAAGGGGAGACGUUCUCAUGUCAGGUUUGCAGCAAAGUCUUCCUCCAUCAUUUGUCACUUUUGGCGCAUUCCAAGCAGCACGCAGCCGCAAACAUCACUGCUAUCCAGAAAGAAACGCAGCCCGUAGGAUGUACCGCCAAAGACUCUAAGUUGUCAGACAGGAAACCAAAUAAACUAAAAACCAGCCUCACAGAUGUCAAGACUGCGAAGGCUGGUCCAGGGAGGCCGAACAAGAGAGCGGCCAGAGCGGAGGAGGAGUUCAGUGAUCCAGGGAGAUUCAGGGAAGUGCCUGAAGUCCAGGAGGUAGAGGAGGAAGUGGACAGAGAGUUCCCGUGCCCGUCCUGCGCAGAGGUGUUCUCUCUGCAGUCUCAGCUGAGGGACCACGUGGAGCUGCACCAGUCGUCCGUGAGGAGGAGGCAGUGCAGUGUGUGCGCGCUGGAGAUGGACACCUCCAAAGGGCCAGGCUCCAAGAGACAGCGGCUAUACCACUGUGUGCCCUGCCAGCAGGGUUUCUCAGCACUGGACACUUUCCUAAAACACUGCCAGGACCACCUCCGAGUCAGGGUGGAGGAGGACAGCAUGACUGAGAACUACAAUCAACACGGCAACAAAAACUAAGAUUCAUUUUGAAUGUCAUCAGCAUAACUAUAAUCGCCUUAUUGCCUUGAAGUGUUAGAGAGAGGAGAGUGAAGGAAUCUGUAAGAAAUUCUUGUUGAUUCACCUGUUCAUUGAUCACUUGUAGUUUUACCGUCAUCGGUGGUUGGAUGUAAUCUGUAUCAACAUAUCAAGUGCUAACAAGGGAAUGAUAUUUCUACUUGAUGCUUAUCACAUCUGUUCUACCAUCACCGACUGGCCACCGGUCCACACACAUGUGCUCUGCUCUCCCCAGUGCUGAGACAAUUACGUCUGCAGCUGAAGCACUGCCAGGUCUCUUCUCUGCAAGCAUCCAUUUUUAUGACACAUUUGUACGGCUUUGGCUAAAUCAAGUCCUUCACGUCUUCAGCCACACUUAAUUUUGUAAGAUUUUACGCAAUAACGAGCCAUAAAUUGGUUGAAAUUCUUGAUUCUCACUUUCAUUAUGUUGCUGGAUCAGACCAGGAUCAAAUAAUAUUUGCAAAUCAUUUGUCACAUUAGUCCUAACCCGCUUUAGUGCUGAAAUGAUAAGAUUUAGUGGUUAAUUGGUUGAGAGAAAGCUGAUUAGACCAUAAUUUUCAUAAUUGAUUGUUUACUCGUAAGUACAAAUACCAAACACUUGCCGGUUGCAGCUUCACAAAUGAUAGCAUUUGCACCGAUAAAAAAAAUGAAAAAUGUAUUCACCUAGUUUUGUUUAUUUGUUUGUCUGAUUUGCUCUUUAUAUGGGUGGCGAAACCCACAUAUGAAAUCUGUAAAUGUGUGGGAUUUGCCAGAGAAAUUCUUUUGCAAAUACUAUUUUAUCAAGGUCUGAGUGCACUGAGUGUUGGAGGAAGUGCUAGUUCAGUUGAAUCCACAAAGGGAAAAAAAAAAUGUAAAAAUGUAUUUUACAUGCAGUUUUACAGUAGGUGAAGUUACGACAUACUUGUUAUCACCAUACGUUUCUAGAAUGAGCGAAAUGUUUCUGGUUGUCAUAGAUAAUAAUGUCCGGUAAAAUGCCUUUCACGUUGGCCUAUCUUUUUAGAUGAUGUGUGUUUGGAAGAUAUUAUCUAGCUAUGCAAAUAGAUGCAGUAAUGGCAACCUUCCAGUGAAUCUGUGAUGCUUGAUAAACACGCUAUGGUGAAUGAACCAGGAUCAACAUGAUUUUUUUUUUCUCAACAUGAUUUUCUGCUACUGUUUUCAAAAAGCUACUGUGAAAAAAUAGAAGAAAAAAAAGAUUUAAUAGGUUUUGAAGCUUCCACUUUUGAAAGGUAUUUUGUACGUGAGUUUGUGGUUCUUUAUAGAGUUACGGCAUUAAACGAAAAGAUUGUCUAAUGA